UAACAAGGCUCGAGGACGUGUUGACUGGGCUCGCUGGAAGUAGGGAAUGGGCUUCCAUUUGAUCAUCAAGAACGGGGUUUUAGCCUUCCAACACGAGCCAGUAUGGCAGCAGUACCAGCCAACUGGAGGGAAAGCGAGAUUAUUGUGGGCGGACUGUUCGGACCAUUCCGCUCUCGUCAUGUGAACCCCGUGGGCUACGACUGCAAGAUGGCCUUCUGGCGCCAGGAGCUGGCUGAUGAGUGUCGCCGUCACCAGCUGUUGCUGCUCAACCGCCAUCGGCUGGAGACCACGCUUGUUGUGGGCAUCCACCGGCCCAGCUGCCUGCAGGAGGUGUUUAGCAACCUGAGGAGGACGGGCGAGAUGAUGACUGAGGCUGAGUUGCGCCGCCGCUGCGCCGUCGCUCGUAGCUGGACGGCCUGGGGCACUGAGCUGCUCCUCUGGCAGCCGGCCCGCCUUUUUUGGAGCUGGGUCAAGCCGGCGCUCUGGGCCGAACCCGAAGAGGACGUUGUGCUGCUGACGGCGCUCAAGGAGCGCAGCGACGAACUCUACGCGCGGCACGUCUCGCAGCCGGCCGGCGGAGAGCUCCUCCUGGUCGACCAGUUGUGGCGGCUGCAUGACGCGCUGUUCGCGACGCGCGCCGACCUGGAGCUGGCGCUGCUGGAGCUUGAGCGCAACGGCCGCGCGACGCUGGACGACGUGGACGGCCGGCUGGCGGUCAAGUUCCGGCUGGACGGCGAGCCGGUCGCGCCGACUGUCACCGAACUGGAGCGCGGCGUUCUGCGGCUCAAGCUGGUGCAGAGUACCAUGACCAAGGAGGUGACGCAGCUGGCGAGCGAUCAGACGCAGCUGAGGAGCAGCGCUCGUGAGCUGCUGAAGAGCGGGCAGAGGGAACUGGCAAAGCAAAAGCUCCGCAAGUGGAAAAAGAUGAAUGUGUCUCUUGAACAGAAAUCCAUGACCUUGGACAACGUUCAAGAUAUGCUAGACAGCAUUGAAGAAUCCAAAUACAACCAAAAGGUGACUGACGCGCUGUCACGAGGCACGGCCGCCGCCCGCGGCGCGUUUGGCAACGUCACCAUCGACAGGGUGGAGCAGGUGGUGGCCGACUGCCAGGAGGCGCUGGAGGACCGAGACGAGGUGGUGUCGGCGCUGGCGCGACCUCUCUCGCCGGUUGACGCCAGCGAGACAGCCGACCUGGAGGCCGAGCUUAACGACCUGCUGAGCGGCGUCGCCACGCCGCCUUCGGCCGCCCAGCGCGACCGCAGCGCCACCUCGCGGACGAUCGCUCCGUCCCAGUCCCCGGGACGCGACCGUAGCGCUACCCCGCGGCGCGUCACCCCACGCCCAGCCGUGUCGCACACCUGGAAGGACUCGGAGCCCAGAGCGGCACACCCGUUGCUAGACUCGGACUCGGACGCUGAAGCUCCGUCCAGUUGCGGACCCGAAGCUGUAGGCUCAAAGGCGUUAGCGGACACGCCCCGGCAAAAUAAAUCCAAGAGGAAAGGGCACGGGCAUCUAGAGGCGCUCUGAGGUUGCCCGAGCUACCUCUUCAGGUCACUAGAUCACGCUGGACAGCUGCGAUACUCGGGUGCGGCCGGUGGACGGGCUCGACGCCGCUGUCACAUUCCCGAGCCCAGAGCGGCCUGAGCUGGGCAGCUGUGAUACUCGGGUGCCCCCAGCGGACGGGCUCGGCGCCGCUGUCAGACGUCCGAGCCCAGAGCGGCCGGAGCUGGGCAGCUGUGGUACUCGGGUGCGACUGGCAGACGGGCUCGGCGCCGCUGUCAGACGUCCGAGCCCAGAGCGGCCGGAGCUGGGCAGCUGUGGUACUCGGGUGCGACGGGCGGACGGCGGACGGGCUCGGCGCCGCUGUCAGACGUCGGAGCCCAGAGCGGCCUGAGCUGGACAGCUGUGAUACUCUGGUGCGACCGGCGGACGGGCUCGGCGCCGUUGUCGUCGGCGCCAGACGUCCGAGCCCAGAGCGGCCUGAGCUGGGCAGCUGUGGUACUCGGGUGCGACCGGCGGACGGCGGACGGGCUCGGCGCCGCUGUCAGACGUCCGAGCCCAGAGCGGCCUGAGCUGGACAGCUGUGAUACUCGGGUGCGACCGGCGGACGGGCUCGGCGCCGCUGUCAGACGUCCGAGCCCAGAGCGGCAUGAGCUGGACAGCUAGCUGUGAUACUCGGUUGCGGCCGGCGGACGGGCUCGGCGCCGCUGUCAGACGUCCGAGCCCAGAGCGGCCUGAGCUGGACAGCUGCGAUACUCGGGUGCGGCCGGCAGAUGGGCCCGGCGCCGCUGGCAGACGUCCGAGCCCAGAGCGGGGCUGUGGAACGGAGGCCUUUCUGGAUGUUGUGCGGUGUUAGUCGCAUUGAUGAGUGAUUGAAAUCAAUGGAAUAACACUGUUGCAUGUG